AUGUUGACGGAAUCUGUGAAGUUCACGGACCUGUGCGUGAUGCUGUCAAAACUUCGCGAUGCCAAAGGCGCUAACGCUUCAGUUAUUCGCAAAAAGACGUUUGAAAAGUUUCUGGAGAAUUGUCGAAGUAAAUCUGGAAAUGACGAAGAUGUUGAAACGGCUAUUCAUCCGAUACUUCGACUCCUUCUGAGCACAAAGGACUCUAGAAGCUUGAACAUUAAAGAGAAGAAGCUCGUUGAUCGAGUUUGCAAAGCGCUUGCCGUAUCAUCAACUGAUAUAUUCAAGACUAAUGUUCCGAAUGCCACCAGAGUAUGUGAAAAGUUGGCAUCAGAAGUUUCAUCGCGGAUCGCUCCUGAUGAUUUUGAACAUCUGUCGAUUGCUGAGAUCAAUGAAAGGCUGGAUAAUAUGAGUGAUUUCUCAGGUUCGGAUGACCUCCAGUACCUAUUCAAGAACUGUUCCCAGGAGGAGUUGUUCUGGUUGUUCAACGUGAUGAUCAAAAACGUCGAGUCAACGAUCGGUGUCGCGACGAAUGUGAUUCUGUCAUGGCUGGGCCCAGAAGCCGUCAAUCGAUGGAAUGCGGCUCGAGAUCUCAGUGAAGUAGCAGCUCCUUCAGCUAGUGCAGAAUCCCCAUUAGGGGCGAAUUUUCGUCCAAUGCUGCUGGCUCGACUACCGAAGGAUGGCUGGUGGGAGGUGGUAGGUAGUUUUUGA